AUGAACUCGUCGUCUUCUCGCUCGAUGCGUCGCCGCUCGAGCGCUCGUACCGCUCGCCACAGCCACGCCACAGACCUACCCACUGCCUCAUCGUCUGCGCCGUCUCUUGCUGCGUCGAAUGCGCCACCGCUCGUGUCCAAGAGGCCGCUAGAAGUGACGUUCUGCGCCGUCCAGCGCGUGCGCAACCGCGCGUUCCUGCUCUUGUGCACCCGCUUUCACUGGCGUCUCUACCGCCUCGACGGCUUGAGCGCUGGACGCGAGAGCUGCACACCUGUGGAGCUGCUUGUGGACCCCAGGACGGACGCGCAGAAGCUCUCGGACGUGCGGCUCUUUCGGCUGUACGCGCUCCCGACUGCUGCGGACGCUCUGGGAGCUCUGUUCGUGCUGGAAAAGCGCUCCGGAGACAGCAAUCUCAGUGAGGAGGAGGAGGAGGAGGACGCGUUUGUACUGGGCACUGGACUUCGAGAGGAGGACGACGGACGGGAAGAGCUCGUGGUGCUGGCGCUGGACGAGCAGCGCGUGCUGCACAGGCUGUCGCGCACGCCGUCGCUCGUCGUGGACGUGCAGACAAAUGCCGCGACGGCUGCGGUGUUGUGUGAGACGUGUGAGCUGUUUCUCUAUGACUUGGCUACGUUUCAGCUGCAGCAGGUGAUUCGGACGGCGUCGCCUGCCAUGGCCCUCGGACCACGAUGGCUGGCGUAUCCUGGUUUUGUACUGAGCACGGAGGUGAAUCCCGGCGCUGGUCGCCAGCAGACAGUGGCGGACGUUGGAGACAGUGACUCGGACUUUGACGACGUGCCGAUUGAAGCAAUGGGGAUCGGUCGAGUGGCUGCUGCCGAGACUCGCGAUGCAUCGGCUUACACGGCUAUUGAUGUGGCGCAGAACGUAGCGUCGGGGCUGUACUAUCUGUCCGAAGUCGGCCGUGCUACCAUUGCGCCAUAUUUGUCGUCGUCACCUGGCAUCAGCUCAGACGCAAUGCACGACCACCGCGCUGAGAAGUCACCGUCCCGUCGUCGACAUUCUGGGGAGUCGCGAAAAGCGUCUUGCAAUGGCACUGCAGGUAGUAGUCGCUGCACGCUGCAAGUUGGCGAUGAAGCAGCCGCUUUGUCGACGAAGAAACGACCAGGGUGGGUGGUGGUGCUCGACUUGGUUACGAACCGUGUGAUGGCAAACUUUUCUUGUCAUUCCACUGCGUUGGUGAAUCUUUCAUUGGAUUCUUCCGGGCUCCUUCUGGCUACGAGCUCGAACAAGGGCCAAAACCUCCAUGUAUACCGCUUAUCGCCCCCGUUGCAAAGCAUAGGAAACAAGCCAGGAGCAGCAGGCGAUGGGCAUGGAACACUACAAUACCAAUUGGUGUACAAGUUGCAGCGUGGAAUUACUCACGCUAGCAUCGAGGAUAUUGCGUUCAGUCAAGAUGGGAAGUGGAUUAAUGUGACAUCAGCACACGGCACAAGCCAUCUGUACGCGCUUCAUCCUGAAGGAGCGCGCAUCAGUGCUGACACGCAUGCAAACACGAUCGGGAGCGCUGAUGAGUCGAAUGCUGAUGCAUUGAACACUGGCUUUUGUCGACGUGAAGUCAGCGACUUUUAUGCGGACUUUCGCACGCUCGAGACGCGGACGCAGACCCAGGUACUUCGUAUCCGUCAUGAGCUCAGGAUUCCAGAUGUGUCAACGGUGCUGCCCCACAAGUCGGUAGCGUCAGCUUGUUCCAAAUCUCGUCCAUCGCGUUCGUCGCGUUCCUCAUCGUCGUCGUCGAUGUCUUCAACAUCGUCGUCGUCGUCUCCUCCGGGAUUUGCAUCCAACACCUCACCUGUGACGAUACGCAGUAGCACUCUGAUGGAAUCAGCGCUGGAUGCAUCGCAGGCUCUGCUGUCCCACCUCGCCACAUCCGCCAUAGAUUUCGGCCAUCAACAUUUUGAAAACGACAUGGGUGUGUCUUCUCGCCGUCGCCGACUGCGUCAGCGUCUGUGCAGCUUGUUUGCUCCCGACGGACACAAGAUACUGAUCUAUUGUGAUCCGGUUCUGAAGUUGUACGACAUGCGAGUGACGGCACUUUCCCAGCACAAGGCAGACCGAGCGCGGGCGACGCCACUGGAUUCAAAGACGAAGAACUCGAAGUCAUCAUUGUCAUCGUUUGGCUUUGAAGCCAGUGUGACUGAGCUCAAGUCGUGGGAACUCUUUACGUCAGGACGACGAAAGACUGAGCCACUUUCUUCUGUUGCCAGUGGCCAAAGCAGAGUGAUUGGCAGUAGCGCGAGUGGAGAUGCUAGAGCCAGAAGCGAGCUGAGAACUUUUGCUCAACGAUCGCUGCCGUUGUGGGCACAUCCAAAGGUGACGUUCAGAGCGAUUGACGAAGGCCAUCCGGAAGGCCAAAUACUUGAGGUAAAGCGCAAGGGGCCAAAUCCAAGUCAAGAUCUCAAUGCUAGCACCAUGUCGAUGACCCUCGAAGGUUAUGCCAACGGCGAUGAGCAACUGUUUGUGAUGGAAAUGGAUUCGUACUUUGGUAUUGGUGGCUCGCCGGUGUUUGACGGCCGUAGUGAACAUCGUCCGGCGACACCCGAGAUUCCUCCGCCGCUGAACUUGUCAACAAGCAUUGAUAUGGCCAUGUCAUCUUCGUUGUCCGAAACACCACCCAAGGUGGUUCCGGAGGUGAAGAACACGAUCUGCUUUCGACCGAUUGACCAGUAUCUCGUGAGCGGAGCUAGCUCGACACGAAAGCGGGAAAAGAAGAAAGGAAAGAACCGGCGAAUACUCACACCGCCAUCAUGUUCCGAAGCUGAGGCUGCGGUCGUCGAAGAUGGCUGCACUACUGGGGGACUGGCCUCCCUGCAGUUUACAUUGCAGGACACGUACUUUGCGUUGCCCACCGAUGAAGGCAGCGAUUGA